GUGAUUGUCAACUUGACAAUAGCGGCUAUUUAUUUAUGUUGUGGUUGCCAUCAGAAGUAAUGUUGUUAACUAAAAAAUAGGGGAUAAUCGCAAUUAAUGACAAAGUAAUGGUUGAAUAGUUAUUAGCUCCAUUUAUAUGUAUUAUAAUAUAUAUGUCUAAGUAUAAAAAGCCUAAAAUAAUGGAACAAGUUGUGGAAGAAUUAGAAAAUAAGGCUAAACAAACUGAUGAAAGAAUGGAUACACUUGCUACACAAGUACGAAACAUAGAAAGUGAAAUCUUUGCUGAUGGUCAAGAAAUUGAAGUAGGAAAUUUACUAAGAUCAGUAGGUGAGGUAAAAUCAAACUACCAAAACUUGAGGAAAGACCUUAUGGAAGUACAAGACUUACAGAAGCAGCUAAGCACAUCUUUGCAUGUGCAACUGAGGUUGAUGCAAGCACAAUUCAACACAUUAAAAGAAAAGCUCAAUCAGGCAUCACCUUCAAAAGUUGACCAAGGGUCAAGUAAGAAUAAUGAUGGAUAAAUUUUUGUUUAUUUUUUGCUGCUGAUACUUCACAUUGGCGAAAACAACAAACUUCAGGCCAAUAUGCUGCAGACAAGCUUUCUGUAUGAAUAGAAAAAGUGCUUUAAUAGCUGAUUCCAGACUGACAUAUCAUCCAUAAUCUACAUCUAUAUCCUUAUUUUUAAAUGGAUUCAAAACAAUUCAUGAUGCUUGGUGUGUAAACGCAUGUUGCUUGAGCAUUUUAAAUUAAUUUGUAAUUAGUGAACUUAUGCUCAAUUUAAAGUGGAUUUGCUUUUAUACACUUGUUAAGGGUUACAGAGUUUUAUUGUUGAUUUUUGAGAAAAAUGAUUAGGUUUAGGAUUUUUUAUGUUUAUAUUCAACAUACUGUACCUCAUUACAAAAUGGGACCAGAAGGAUGUUGUUCAUUUCUCAGAGUUUUUUUUCCUUAUUAAGCAUUGUAACCAUAUAUAGAACUGAAAAAACCAAGUAGAUAUUGAUUUUUUUACUAAAUGAUUUAGUUUUUUGUUAACUACCAUUGACAUAUUUUUACUGAUCCUGUUAGGUAUUCCUCCAUGGUAUGAGAGAGUUUUUAGUGCUACAAAAAUAACGAACCAUUAAGUCUUCUGUUACAUUAUUUUUUAGAACAAUAGCAAAUAAGGAUGGUUGAAAAGAGUUUUUAUGACCACUUAUGUGACUCAAGGAAUUUUGAUGGUACUGACCACUGAUGGAACAUGUUGCUUAUUUUUUUUUUUCUAUAUAAAUUUGAAGCUAAUCCUAAAAUUUCAAUACUUGGUUAUAUUCUUUCAGAGAGCAGUUUUGGUAAUAUUUGUGUCCAAACUGGACAAGAAAAGGUUUUGAAUCAUAGAACCACUGAACAUUAGGAACCUUACCAAAUUAGCUCCUCCUUAUUCUCAGUAUCUGGAAGAGCUUACUUAUUCAAUAUUGAAGAAUGAAGGAUUGUCUCUCUACUAAGCAAAAUCGAAAUAACAAAGAUCAUAAUGAAGCAGCAAAACAAGAGCACUAAAAGUUCUCUAUUAAUUUACAUUUCAUAUUUUUAAGAACAUUUUCAUAUAACCCCAUAACUUCAUUGAUUCAUACACUUACACACUAUUUAGUUGGUAUUUGAGGUUGCAUGCUGAUAGGAAAUUUUGAAUGCACUUUUAGAAACAUAUUUUUCAAUUGUUUUGUUUGGGUGCUAUUUGUACUUCAUCUGAGUACUCAUUACAUAGUCCUAAUAGGCUUUAUUUAAAUGCAAAUUUCUGCCCAAUGUUUGCUAUUACAGAACACUAUCACUGUAUUAGUUUAAUUAUUUCAUUACCCAAAUACUUAUGUUGUAAUGUAAUGUCCAUAUGUGACUGGGACACAACAGAACUCAUACACUUUUCGUUUCUCUGAAUUUAUUUGGUGCAAAUAGAUAAAGAUGUGAUAUUUAGAUGUUAAUGUGAUUAUAAUAAUAAUAUGGGUAGGUUGAUUGUGUGUUCUGUUAAACUUUAACCUACAUCUUAUGGCUUAGAACAGUGCAAUUGCAACUUUGAAACAUAUUUUACCUCUGGUUAGGAAUACAGAGAUGAAACCCUAUCCAGAGCCAAGAGUGGAUGUAAACACACUUAGGCCAAGAAAGGAAUAUUUUGUAUAAGGAAAUCCUACAAUUUUGGAUACAGUAAGUUUUUUGGUUGUAUCAUUAGAUUAUUGGUUCCUAAUGAUAAGUUCAAAUUGGCGACAUUUGCUGCCAUUUGAUAAACGCGUUUGACCUACUAGAAAGAAUUUUGCAGGAAAUUUAAUUAUUCAUCAUUUUGCUUUUAUAAAAAAUUAUCGUUAGUCAACAGAUUACGAGAAAUUAAAGAGUACAUGUAAUAUUUCCGCUUAUAAUAGCUAAACUAAGAAUCUAAAAGUAAAGAAGUAGAGAAUAAAAUUUGCUACAGAAAAUGUUAUUUACGUUUUUCGAUGCCUUUAUGGUUCUUAGAGUAUAAGGAGGUAGAGUCGUAUCAAAACGCGACAUACUUUACACGCUACGUCGACGUUAUCUGCAUACCACAUUGUUUUACGUGUAGAUAAGCUCAUAAUCAUUAACUAUGAUCAAGAAUACCAUUUUAAAGUGAAUCAGUCUUUUUACUGCUACGUAAAAGUAUGGAAAAUGCAAUAUUUUUUGUCUGUCUAUUGGCAAUUUUGACCCCGAGUAAUUUCAGUAACCAUUGCAGCAAUUUUAGCGGAAGAGGAGAUUUAGUUGCUUAUGACGUCACGUCCUUUCUAUUAAAAUCAUUGCAACGGUUGCUGAAGAUACGAAAUGACAAAAUUGCCAUUUGACAGAUCAAUGAAAGUGAACAUCUUACCAUUUCCCAUGCUUAAGUAUGGCAGUAAAAAAUGGUUUUACUUUAAAAUUGCAUUUUUGAUUAUAGCUAAUGACUUAUGGAGUUAUCUCCACAUUUAUGUAUGCUGACACGUACGUAGAGUGCGGAGUAUUCCGCGCGACUGUUUCCAUACGAAUUUUCAACUUUUGCUUCUUAUACUUGAAGAACCAUUAAGGUGUCUUUGAACCGCCGAUAACUUGGAAAGUACUGCUCAGAUUUGGAUGAAAUUUCCACACAAGGUUACUACUAUGCCAAGGACGAAAAAGCUUUACAGUAGUUUUGAAAUUCGGUCUAGUGGUGGCGAAGGUAGAUGCAAAAACUUAAAAAAAUUUAUACCGCUCAAACUUCGUUUUUUGAUGUUUUAGAGGUUCCUGAUCAUUUUCACAUUAUUACUAAUAACUAUUGCUUACUCAUUUAAAUACAAAGUUUAUUUUGUAACUUAAAUUAUUGCUAUUUAUUGUAUUUAUUCAUGCCAUCAUUUUGAUAGCUUGGAAGUCAGAGCUAUCUUGUAAAUUGGAGUAUAUAUGAAAGUGAAUGUGAAACGAAUGGUGUGGGCUUUAUCUUGUAGCCUUGGCAUCCCUCACGUACGUAUCUUUUUGUCGGACAUUUUGUGGGCUUUAUUUGAACAAUAUGGCCCUACGUUCAGAAAAUCUUUAUACUAUAUACUAGAUUUCAAAACCUAAUCAAACUAAAUGUGGCAAGAUAUCAUAGGUAGCAGUGAAAAAAAUUCUUCUAAUUAUUGUUUCUCGCACAUUAUAUUCCUCGGCGCUAUGCGCCUCAGGAUAUGAAAGCGCCCGGCCACUAAUUGGAUACUUCACCAAGGUAUGUAAUGUACUAAUGUGUAUUUGCAUGGGAUUUGAGAAUGCAUGUAUUUUCAGUUGAUGUGUGCUAUCCUGAUUUGAGCAAGAAAUGAUGCUUUAUGAUACUGUGACUAUUGUAUAUGUAGGUACAUAGAUUUUUUUGUAUUUUGAUUUGUGCUUUUAAUAACGCGACCGACGUCCUUAUUCAGAAUGCAACAUCAUUGAUUCAAAUAGUUUUUCCAUUCAUGCUACGAAACGUUACCAAAUUGAAAAUCAUAUGGGCUUUUCUUAUAUUAGACAAUAAAACUACAAAGCCAUGGGUAUUUUCAAUCAUUUUGAUUGCAACCGAUUAUCAGUAGUUUGCCUACAAAAAGUAUAGCCUGAGUAUUCUCAUUUUUUUCUAUGAACUAGGAGAAGUUCAGAUGUAAAAUUUAGUGGGAAGUAGACGUAAUGCGUUCUAGCGUGAGGUAAUCCAUUUUUACACGCCCUGUUCUAAGAAUGUGACACAAGCUUUUCCUUUGAGAUAGGCUUUCACCGAAUGUGAGGAAAAUAGCCUAAUUUAUUCAAUGAAGAAAGAGACAGCCCUAUAUCAAGCAUUGUCGAGUGACAUUGUCGCCAAUGAGCGUUUAACUUCCAGUUUGACACGAAUUGUAUGUUCACGUUCUACCAGUACCCUGGAUGAAAACCAAAUAUAUUGGCUCUAUUUCAAUGAGCCAAUAUUAAACGCGAUUUUGUUUCCAAUAUUCGAGCGAAAAAACGAUAAACUGUCGCAUAUUUGAAAAUAAACUACUUGAUUUAUUAAAAGUGCAAUUUUAUCCAUGUAGAGAAUACCCCAUUGUUUAACAAAGGGUCCUUAAAUGCACUCACAUAUUCGAUGUGUGAUACUGAUAACAAUUAACUAUAUUUUUUGUUUAAAUAUAACGACCCUGGUAGCUCAAUUCCACUCGAAAUUCGCAAAUAAAUCUGAUUCAAUAUUUAGACAAUAUAAUGCAAAUGAUGAAUCGCCUUGAAAUUAGUACCAUAAACAAACAUCAUAUGCAGUAGACAAAGUGAUAACAAUUAGAUACUUAUCUAGUCUGCCUAGAAUAAAUUGUCUAUAGAGAACGAUUUUUCAUCAAAACUUUUUUUUGAAGUAUAUGGCCGGAAUUUGUCUGUUCUAUUAGAACUUCGACAAUGCCUCAAAAGUACAGCAGUAACUUUACCUAUCCAAUACAAUGACACACUUUUUUCGAUAAAGUUCAUGUAAGCUUGCAUAUCUUAAAAAAUUACCUCCAGAUUUAAAUGUUCCACCACCAAACAAAAAAAUAUGUAUGACUAUUUUGCAUGACUAUAUUGACAUGUCAAUUGAUGUAUAAGACUAUUGUACCUUAGAAUGUAGGCACGGUAAUAAUUUAGUAAUAAACGUUAUUAUAUACAACUCAAAUCUGAAGGCAAUAACUGCUUUGCAGAUAUACAUACAAACAUACAUAUAUUCAUAGUAUUCUUGUACCUGCUGUAUAUAAUAAUACCCUAGAUCUGAACACUAUCAAAAGAUCACAUCCAAAUUUUUUUCGGUUUGAAUGAAUUUGAUGAUGAUUGAUCAGAUACUCAACAAGUCUCGCAAUUCUGAGUGCAUAUUCUAAAAAUAUUUCUAUUAUUUUAUUAUCAAAAAUUUAGCGUUUCUGUUGGAUCUAUACAGAAAAGUAUAUUAAAUAUACUGAGUGAUAAAAAAAGGUAAACACCUACUUAUGUUUAUCCGAUUUUAAUAAUUUUUGGCAUAUAUGUUCAGUGUCCCUUACUAGUAAAAUGAUUAAAUUUUAACCUUGAUUCGUCAACUGACUGCUGGUUCAAUAAUGUGUUGAGGAUCCACGAUUUCUGAUACACUCAUUGACACGCCUGGUCAUCGUGCUGAUAAGGCGGUCGAUAUCCUGUUGGGGUAUCUCAUUCCAGGCUACUGCAAUUUCGUUAGUAAGAGCUGUUAAAGUCAGUGUCAGCUUCUACACGCGGCCACCAUAAAAACUUAACAGAAAAACCUGACCUGAUAAGGUGGUCGAUAUCCUGUUGGGGUAUCUCAUUCCAGGCUACUGCAAUUUCAUGAGUAAGAGCUGUUAAAGUCAGCGUCAGCUUCUACACGCGGCCACCACAAAAACUUAACAGAAAAACCUGACCGUUUGAUCACCUGUUGUUCAUGGCAAGAUAAAUCGAUAAAUAAAAAAUUGAAUUCCAAUAAAAAUACGUACCUAGGUGUUUACCUUUUUUUGUCACUCAGUAUAAGUCGAUAUCACCAUGUUCAGUCUGCUUAUUUUCGUAGAUUAUUUCUUCUCAAUUUUUAUCUGACGCAUUUUCGAUCACAAUUUAAUAUGGUUCUUUUGUGCAAAAAUACAGUUGUUAAAAUUUUUUGGUACACAUUCACAAAAUGUGUUAGUGAUAUUUGAAUUAUACUUGGAUUUGCACAGAACCCUUUUAACAUUAAAUUUAAUGAACAUUCUAGUCCCUAGAAUUCAUACUCCUGUUUGCUCAAUAUUAGGCAUAAUUUUUACAUACAUGCAUCUAUAUAUCUAUAUUAUACACUUAAUAUACACAUACAUCUAUAAAUACGUUUACUUUUACCCAUUUUAGCGAGUACUUAAUUUGUUAUUUCCAGGAUUCUGCAC